AUGCUCUCAUACAAAUUGGUAUACAGUAUGAAAAAUAGUAUAAUACGAACAAAAAAAAAUUAGAUGAAAAAUUUUUGAACGAAAAUAAAAAAGAGAUUGAGCGCCAUCAACAAAGCAUUCAAUUGAACUGUAUAUAUGUCUAAACGAAUUUGUGUUGGGUCGCAAAAACCGAUAAAAAUAUUCAGCUAUAUUAGAGAAAUACAAGGUGCAAAUCUCAUAUUUACUGAUUCGAUAGUGUAAAGCAAACAUAUGAAUUGUAUGUGAUUAAUAAUAAUAAUAUUUGUUGACCUUUUGAAAUGUUGGUUUCGUCUUGUUAUCCGUGAAUCAAUAAAAGGAAAGAGAACGACAGCGAACGUAGUUGGACGCGAACUUGCAACUAACAAAUUUUAUAGCUGUUUGAUUUUAACCCAACAACAAUAUUUAUAUAAUUCGAUAGAGAUAUAUUAAACAUGUUCAAUACAAGUGAAUCGCAGAAAAAUGACUUUUUGGAUAAGACAAAGGCUGCACGCGAAGAACGAGAAACGAAAAAGAAACGGGACGGUGCAAUAAUCAAAAUACAAUCAUGGAUUCGUGUAUGGUUAGCACGCAUUAAUUAUGAACAAAGAGCACUGGCUGCGCUAGACGAUAUUUUACCACCAAAUACAAAAAUGCCCGAAAUGGUGUUGAAAGCAAAUGUCGACGUGUAUUAUGCAGUUAAUCGGUUUUUGAAAAUAUCUCGUGAAAAUUCGGACGCGUAUAGUGAACGCUUGCAACAGGUUUGUCGCUAUUUGUCGAAAUCACUUGAUUCGGAAAAUUCAAAUCUUAGCUACAUUGGUAUUGCUCUAAAUAACGAUCUCGACAAGGCAUGGACGCAGCACAUAGAAUUAUUGCUAUACAAAUGUUGUGUUCAAAUGGAAAAUCUACGGCCCGAUACACACUCAGAGAGUUUGACUUUGGCGUUAUAUUUAAGUACAUUGAUUUCAUUCACAACGCCAAAAAAUUGGGGUCUAUUGAAAGAAAAUAGUUUAAUGGAACAAAUACCAGUAAUGAAACAAAAAUGCAGCAAUAUGCUCGGUACACUCGUAGAAAAGGGAUUCUUUCAAACGUUACGGAAAAUACUUUUAAAAGGAACUUGUCGAAAAAAUAUCACAUUGAAGCCGCUCUCAUUUCAAGCCGUUUUAGAAUUGUCAAUUCGACCAUUAACAACCGGAAAUUUUACCGAAGAUUUAAUGGCGAAGUUUUUGAUAUUCAUCUUAUCAACGCCUGCCCUAAUUUAUCAAAUUGAAGCAAAUAUAACCAAUUCAUUGAAAACUUUCCAAACAGAAUCAAUUCUGAAGCGAAGCCUUGAUUUACUGGAAAAGGAACAAAAUAUGAAAUAUGUAACAAGCGAUAUGAAAGCAACACAAUGUUUAGCUUUAUUGGCAAAUAUUGUCCAUUUAUUCCAUUUGGAGCCCAUUGAAACAGCAACAAAAUUCGGGUUUCCUACGUUUACGCUUGUCUGUAUGAAACUGUUGCAAACUAUUUCAGAUUUAGCGAAGGACCCUAAACAAGGUUCAAAAGGUCUACUUGAAUAUCAUGAACUAUUGGGAUGGACUCCAGUUAGUUCGGAACACAAUGAAAAUGUGUCACUUAUCAAAAAACAACUAUAUUUGUUAUGGGGAUAUCGAACAGUCAAAAUUAUUUUGGGUGAUAAUUUAAAAGAGUUAUCAGUAGGCUAUGAAAAAAUCGAAUUCACAUUGCCGCAACAAGGAUCUGGAAAUUUAUUAAAACGGGCACUGGAACGAACACAAUCGAAAUCAACGCAAAAUAAAGCUAGCAAACCAUGGCGUAAACUUGGAUCACAUGAAAUAUCAAGAGUGGCCAUCGUUUGUACCAUGUACCAUGAGGCAUUGGAAACACUAACACAACUAAAAUUAGAUAUAUUGUCCGGCCUCUGUUACCACAACACACUUUUACAUGAUCUUUUCAUAUUGAUUGCAUCGCUUGGUCUGAAUUGUGGCUUAAAACCAUUUUUAGAACUAUUAUCUGCCUCAUCGAAUACUUUACCACCUCCACUUUUGAUGUUAUUACUGUUUUGUGAUUUAAUGACGCAUUAUGUGACAAUUUUAGACGAUAUUGAAAUGUAUGAGCAACAAACACCGUUCGAACUGAUUCAUUAUAUCGCUUUAUCAAGUUUUCUGAACAACUUUUUGUAUAAAGCAAUUCAGGAAAAUAUAUUCGAUUUAAAAGUAAUCAAUUCAACUCCGCUAUUUGUGUCAAUGCAUUCAUUAUUAUUAUGUUUGUAUCGGCGUGAUUGUCGUCGUCAGUUUGCGCCAAAAAAUCAUUGGCUUAUUUAUGAUAUUCGACCAUCGAAUUUUCUUGCCGAUUUGGAAAAAGGUAAAAAGCAUACACAAGUGCUUUUAUCAAAAAUGCCACACAUUAUACCACACGAAGAUCGUGUUAAAUUAUUUCGAAAAUAUGUGCACAAUGAAAAAGCGGUACUCGGUUUAACGGAGUCAGCAUGUGCAUCACCCAGUUCGGCAUUGAUAACAAUACAUCGUGAUCGAAUCGUUGAGGAUGGUUAUCGACAAUUGGCAAUGUUACCACCGGCUGCAUUGAAAGGUGUGAUUCGUGUUCGUUUCAUAAAUCAGCAAGGUCUUGAUGAGGCUGGUAUCGAUCAGGAUGGUGUUUUUAAAGAAUUUUUAGAAGAAACCAUUAAAAAAGUAUUUGAUCCAUCACUAAAUUUAUUCAAAACAACAAGUGAUCAACGACUGUAUCCAUCGCCAACGUCACAUUUGCAAGAUAAUCAUUUACAGUUAUUUGAUUUCGUUGGACGCAUGCUGGGCAAAGCCGUUUACGAAGGAAUUGUCGUUGAUGUACCGUUUGCUAUGUUUUUCUUAUCACAAUUACUGCAACAACAAGCCCUAUACAGUUGUAUAGAUGAACUACCAAGUUUAGACCAAGAACUAUAUCGCAGUCUAAGUUUUGUUAAACAUUAUCAGGGUGAUGUGUCUGAUUUGGAUCUCACUUUUUCGGUGGAUGAAGAUCAAAUGGGGAGAAUUGUUACACAUGAACUAUAUUCUGGUGGAAGAGCUCGACCGGUGACAAAUGAUAAUAAAAUCAAUUAUAUCCAUUAUAUGGCGUUUUUUCGAAUGCACACCCAAAUUAAAGAGCAAACAAUAGCAUUUAUCCACGGCUUUAAGACCAUUGUCAAUUUGGACUGGUUAUCAUUGUUUUCAACUCCAGAGUUGCAACGUCUGAUAUCGGGCGACACGGCACCAUUGGAUCUAAAAGAUUUGCGAAAGCAUACACAAUAUUAUGGUGGAUUCCAUGAUUCGCAUCGAGUUGUUGGCUGGCUUUGGGAUAUUCUAGCUAGAGACUUUACCGAAGAUGAACGAAAAUUAUUUCUCAAGUUUGUUACAAGCUGUUCAAAGCCACCAUUGCUUGGUUUUACACAUUUGGAGCCGCCAUUUUCGAUUCGUUGUGUCGAAGUUGGUGACGAUGAAGACACUGGUGAUACAAUCGGUUCGGUGAUCCGUGGAUUUUUCACAAUUCGAAAGAAAGAUCCAUUGAAUCGUUUGCCUACAUCUUCAACAUGCUUUAAUUUACUAAAAUUGCCAAAUUAUCAAAAGAAAAGUACUCUGCGCGACAAGCUGAGGUACGCCAUUUCAAGUAACACCGGAUUUGAACUAUCUUGAAUAAAGUUUAAGGAGUAUUAUGUAUGAAUUAUUAAUUGUUAAUUAUUAUACAUAUACUCAUACACACACA